CUCUGGUCGCAUUCGUCAUGAAUAGGCCCAGAUAAAAGUCACGAUGAAUUCAACCAUGGAGGUUCAACAUGCUCUAGGCGGCCAGACAGUAUUGUGGUUCCAGCUUACAUUGUGUGUGAAUUAUGGAGUCAUGCCUGAAAUGCCGGUGAACUUUGCCAACUACUCACACUCCUAUAGGCCAACUCCCCACAGAUAUGCUCACCGCAAGGAUGGUAGAUAAAGCUGUAGGAAUUCUUCAUGGGGGUGGCAUACGUGUAAUCAUAAUGAGACAUUUUUGCUAUGGAACCCCCGACUGAGACAGUGCCAGUGAGUCUACAGUUGGCUUUAGUUCAGGAGACUUGCAUGCCACCGAUGUUGUAAGUCAACAUGCUGUGGCAAUGCAUUCUUGAAGGGAAGUGCAAUCACAACUGUUUGGAGAACUGUGUGCAAGGUGCUUCAGAUUUUGUAACAAGAUAGGCUGUGCAACAGUGAUUAAAAAUCACACACCAGCAUUUGCCAUAAAAAUGGCUCCCCGUCAGAGACAAGCCAUUAAGAAACAGCAGCAGAGAGGGGCAGCGGCCAAACUGCACCGUCCACCAUAUGGGACUGUUCCCAGCCACUCCCCUCAGAACCCUCCCAAGGAUUCCAGUUGGUCGCCGGUGCCGUUUCCUGGAGUCAGCAUUUGCUUGUAUGGCGCAGUCUUCUCUGUGGCUUUGCUGUGUUAUGCCAACACACUCAACCAUAAUUUGGUCCACGACGAUAUUUUUGCCAUCCAGAACAAUCGCGACGUUCGAGGGGAUACGCCACUUCGGAAUCUUCUGGUGGAUGAUUUUUGGGGCAAACCGAUGACGGACAACAGUAGCCACAAAUCAUACAGACCACUCUGUGUUAUUACGUUCAGAUUGAACUACAUAAUCCACGGGCUGCAUCCCUUUGGAUACCAUUUGGUUAACACUGUUCUUCAUGCCACUGUCAGCGUCCUCUUCACCUACAUAUGUCAGAUGGUGGUGUUUGCCGAGAUUACACCCACUGCUGUGACCGCAGUCUUGUUUGCCACGCACCCCAUACACACUGAAGCAGUUGCAGGGGUGGUUGGUCGUGCAGAGUUGAUGGCUUGUCUGUUCUUUUUGCUGUCUUUUCUUGCCUAUGAAAGGAGUAUCAAACAGGGGAAAUCAGGCUUCGCAGUUACUGAACGGCCAGGUAGUCUGGUACUCAGUCUCUCGCUUGCAGCUUGUGCACUUCUGAGCAAGGAGCAUGGUGCCACUGUACUAGGAGUAUCUCUUACUUAUGAUGUCCUAGUCACAUCAAGACCAGUGAUUUACAGGGUACUGAUAACAAGACGCUUUGGGAGGGGCUGCAUGCCAUUGUUUAAACGGUGUGCUGUUAUUGUUGCAACAGUGAGUGUUCUUCUGGUGUUGAGGGUCUGGAUGCUGCAGGGUCACUUGCCUCAUUUUUCGGAACAGGACAAUCCUACAUCCUUUGCGCCACACCUCAUGACAAGGUUUCUGUCUUAUAGCUACCUGAUUUUCUUCAAUAUCUGGUUGCUGCUGUGCCCUUCUACCCUUUCCUAUGAUUGGCAGAUGAACAGCAUCCCAUUGGUGGAGUCACUGUGGGAUGUGCGUAACCUGGCAACCAUUAUAAUAUUUGUCAUCUUUGGGCUACUGGCUGUGAGCUGUCUUGUAGUUACAGAGGACCAGGAGAGGCGAGUCUUAGUCCUAGGGAUGUCAUUCCUUGCAAUACCAUUCCUCCCUGCUUCUAAUCUCUUCAUCAGGGUCGGCUUUGUGGUGGCUGAAAGAAUUCUUUACAUACCAAGUAUGGGCUAUUGCAUCCUGUUUGCUCAUGCUCUCAGUAAGCUGCGAGGGCUGAUUGGUAAGCACGGAAGCACCACCCUAAGACUUCUUGUCACUGUGAUCACACUGUUGUACAUCAGCAAAACUGUCAGCAGGAAUCAGGUCUGGAAGUCAAGGGAAUCCCUGUUCAGAUCUGGCCUGGAGACCUUACCACACAAUGCCAAGAUGCACUACAACUAUGCUAACUUCCUUAUGGACAGUGGGCAGAAGCAAGAGGCCAUAAACCAUUACAGAACAUCCCUCAGACUGUGGCCAGACCAUGCCAGUGCUAACAACAACCUGGGCACCCUGCUGAAGGACGAUCCCCAACAGGCGGAGGCCCACUACCGCCGAGCGAUUCUCAUCAAUCCAAACCACGUCAGGGCACACUUCAAUCUUGCCAGUCAUCUCAGCAAGUAUGGCCAUCAUGGAGAUGCCGAGGUGCUGUUUCGCCGUGCCAUCCAAUUGGACCCCGAGUUCGCUGACGUCCACACCAACCUUGCCUCGCUGCUAGAAGGCAAAGGUCAACUCCUGGAAGCUGAACAAUUCUACCUGAAUGCCAUCACUUUAGAGCCAAAGAAUGGAGACUUCUGCAAUAACUACGGAGCCUUCCUGACUAAUUCAGGUCGCUACGAGGAUGCACGUAUACAGUAUGAAGAAUGCUUGCAUCUUCAGCCGAACCAUACCGUAACCAUUGGUAACCUUGCCCGCCUCAUGAGGAGGCUGGGCCAGACGAGUCAAGCUGAACAGCUCUUUUUAAGGGCACUGUCAUUGGAGCGACGAGCUGGCUUGCUGGAAAGCUUAGGGGCUUUGUAUUUCAACACUGACAGGCCAGAGAAGGCUGAGGAAGCAUACAGGGAAGCAAUACGGCUCAAUCCUCAGAGUGCUGAGUCAAGAACACAUUACGGCCAAGUCCUGGCGACACUGGGCAAAGUGAAGGAAGCUAUCCGAGAGCUCCACGUGGCUCUGGAGUUGGAUGCAGACUUUGCAGAGGCCCAUCGUCAGCUGGCAAGUGUCUAUGUACUUGCUGGAAAACACAGUGAGGGCUUGAAACAUGCUACAGUCGCUCUACAAUUGGAUCCUAAUGCUGAGGAUGUCAGAAAGGCCAGCCUACUGUUUGACAUCGGUAACUGCCUUAAGGAACUGGCCAGAGAUCAGGAGGCUAUCCAGAGUUACCAGGAAGCAGUGAAACUGAACCCUCGUCUUAGCUCCGCCCACUUGAACUUGGGAGCCAUGCUACACCUCAAGGGGGACUUCGCCCAGGCAAGGAGGCAGUACCAGGAAGCUUUGAAGCUGGAUCCAGAUAACCGCACCCUACAACAGAAUAUAGCCAAACUCGACAGAGCUGAAAAAAGACUCAAGAAAAAAGGUACUGUAAACUGAAACAAAAGCAGUUGCUAGGAACGGCAAUUAAAGCGGCAAUAGAUUUAUAAGCAAUACAAAACUCAUGGCAAAAAUGAGUUCCGUGAUUUUUGUGUGUUCGGAGUUUACACUGCUUGGUAGCUUUGCCAAAAAACGUGUCAAAUAAUUGAGUAGAUUUCCAACAUGUUUUUCACUGACAUGGCUGAGCUGGAAAUAGCAGUCAUUACGUGUGGUUUGUCACACUUUUUCCUUGCCAUUCCAAGAGCUUCUCUUGGCAGAUCCUAUACAGCACCAACGGGGGAAAUGGCCUCCCAAGAAAAAGCAAUUUUUUAAACAAUGCAUUAUAAUGGUAGGUUAUUUGCAGGGACUAUUUCAUUUCUCCUUCAAGUAAGCAUGCAGAAAUGCCCCAGGACAAUAAAAGGUCUAAAUUGAAGAAAUUCCCAAAACCUCCCCCCACAGAAAUAUGGUUCUUGAUCUGCCCUCGAGUAGUUCAUGAGAUUGACAUUCUGAGCAGUUUCAAAGGACCCUUCAUGAAUGUCUGCAGUCUGUUAUUUUUCCUUGCUACACACAUGUGCAGGUGCUCCUGUGUACAGUCAGACCUCGUUAAUACAAGAUUCUGUUCAUAACAAGGAAAUUUUAGGUCCCCAUCCAUUUGUUCUUAGUUGUUUUCAUUCCAGAUAAUACAAGGUUUCUGUUAUAACAACGUAAUUUGCCAAGUCUGAAAAACCUGUUGUUGAAGAGAUUCGACUGUAAAUUUUAAUGCAAAUAUUCUGUCACCCGUAGAGGUUGCACUACACAGUAACAGCUCAGUACUUCCUGAAAAUUGAUUUUCAAUUGUCUUCUCACCGUUGUAAGCAUUUUAUACCAUUCCACUUUAACUCUACUUAUAUUAUUUUGCAUCAUCUUUAUCAGUGUGCCAGCAGAUAUUUAUUAUUUAUUCUAAACUUAGCAAUGGAUUGAUUUUAUAUGUGAUUUUUAGUUCCAAAGCCAUAAAGAUGUUUCCAUUGAAAAAUUCUUGCCAUGAUUUUAACUAUUAAUUGUAUCUACUCAAAUCAAAUGUGCAUUCAGUUGGAUACUUGUCAAUUUUAAAUGAUUCAAGAGACAAGUACUAUUCAGUGUCAGGCAGAUCUGAUCGCUGGAAUCUUUUUCCCCCAAAGCCUCCAAUCAUUGAACAUCACAUUGAAUAUUUCAGUUAAAAUGAUCUUUCUACAUUGAGCUCUUUUCUUUGACAGGGAACAAGGCUGAGAUCGUCCUAUGUACCAUGUAAUGGAAUGUACGUGUCCUUAACCCUAAAAAGAGCUGACAGUUUCUACCCCUCCGCCUUUAACAAUUUACCNCGAUAUUGCUACAGUGCUUUUUUUCAGGAGCUGAGCCCUUACAACUUACUGGAGUAACUCCUUGCAGAUAUUUUGACACCAAUUUGUGCAAAAUCAAACAUGGAGCUUUUGCGCUGCACCCAUUUUUCUGAGACAGGUCAGCCAAACAUUUAUACUUCACCUUGCAGUGCAAUUGAACUUCAAAUAACCAUAACAAUAUUAUAUCUGACUGAGAUCAAACUUUAGUCAUAUGAUGAUAAAGAAAUUCUUCAUGUGCAUGCAAAGGUUUUUUAAAAAUUUGAACGCGGCAAAGCUGUUUUUUGGGGGGGAUCCUUCCGGCUUUGAGCUGGGCCAAAAUAACCCACAUGUACAGGUAGCUCUCCAAGGAUUAAUCCACAAGAACAAGUUGAAGUUUUUUAUAUUGAUAAAUUUAGGAUGAUUCUCUCUUGAAAAUGAGUAACCUAAACCAAGAAUUUUGUGGUACAUGUACCACAUGGCAAUGUAACAUUUGCUGCGUGCUCCAGCACAGCUUGCAGUCGUCACCAUGCCAUAAAUAUGCAGUGUAUGCACUUUUUGGGGACUGCACAUCAACUUUUUUUAAUUUCUGAAAGUCAAGAUUGAUGUACAGUGAACUCCGACUAAGUCGGCAUCGCGUAACCCGUCACAUCGUUCAAGUCAGCCGUUUGACAAAAGUCCUGAUCGUCUGUAAUGCAUUUCCAUUAAAAGUUUCAUUUCUAAGUCGGCAUUUAUAGGUCGUCAUUUCGUAUACAUGUAUGUCGGCAUGUCGGUCCCUUUUCCACAAAGCCACGAAAUAUCCUUUGCAUAAGUUGGCAUUAAAAAAAAUUGUGCUUUGGUAUCGGUUUCCUUCGCCGUGGUUGCCAAGAUGUGUCAAGUGACAAGUCCUGUGCGCGCGCGGCCAGCAUGAGUACAUCAAUACCAGUAACCCCUCUAGAGCUACACGCACGCGCUGUCCAUUCUGGGGGUCGCCUUAUUGAACGUAGUCUGGUUCCCUGCCCAAAGAUUCCCGGAGGACCUUUGAUUAUGUUUUGUCGGGUAGUCAGAAUCAUCGGGUCCGGUAUCCAGACUAUAUUGAACAAACUUAACCAGUGCACGUGUGUGGUGGAUGAGUGUAUGUUUUCUAUGCCGUAACUGUAUCAUGUACAUGUACAGUACAUGUAUGUAUGUACUGCACUGUU